GUCGUCGUCGUCGUCGUCUGCUUUGUUAACACAGUCUGGGGUUUGCUGGGAGAUUCUGGAAAAAUCCUCCACCAUUGUUGAUCCUAUUUCUUGAUUUGAUCGAUCGAUUCUAAACACAUGAAACACUCGGUGAAUCGUCCUCCGACGCCUGAUGAAGACGUGACGGAAUCUCCCGAGAGGGACGAGCUCACGCUUGGAGAAAUCAUCAACAUCAAGUUGGUGGAGAGUGGAGAGAAAGAGAAUCUGAUGGAGCUCGUGAGAGAUAGAUUGGUGGAGUCUGGUUGGAAAGAUGAGAUGAGGAUUGCUUGCAGGGAGCAUGUAAAGAAGAAAGGGAGGAAAGAUGUUACAGUGGAUGAACUAAUACGAGCCAUCACUCCCAAAGGCAGAGCUUCAGUACCAGAUGCUGUCAAGGAAGAGCUGUUGGACAGAAUCCAAAACUUCAUUCGGUCAGCUGCUCUUUGAUUCGUCCAAGACCAUUUACUACGAAGGAUGAUGAUGGUGGUUUCUACUUGUACCCAACACUAACCAAAUGUAUCAUCUUUGCUGUUGUAGAAGAAUUAGCUUUCCUAUUUCAACUCUUAUCAUGUACCAAAUGAAACAAUGCCAUCCUUAAAAAGUAGAAAACUUAUCAUUUAGAACAUUUGUUUUUUUUUUCUUAUACCACUGGUUUGUCUCUGUUAUUUGAUC